AGAUCAAAAGUUAACUAACAACAGUAAGUUAAAAAAAUGCUUAGAAACAGCGACACUUCGAAAAGUUUAAAGGCAGCUAGAAAAUCUAUCGCGGAUCCGAGUUACGUACACAAAAUUGGCGAACAGCCUCUAAAAUACGUCACGAUUGGACAGCUUUUGGAAGAAACGGCGAACAAGUUCGGCGACCGAAAAGCCAUCAUUUCAGUACAUCAAAAUGAAUCCCUGACAUUCUCAGAACUUUUACAGAAGGCUGAUAAACUGGCUGCAGCUUUUAAAAUAUUAAAUUUGGAGAAAAACGACCGCUUGGGAAUAUGGGCCCCGAAUUUAUUGGAAUGGUAUAUAACGAUGAUGGCAUGUGCUAGAGCUGGGUUGAUUGCGGUAUACUUAAACCCGGUUUUUGAAGCCCCGGAGAUAGAAUACUGUAUCAAUAAAACUCAAAUAAAAGCUUUGGUGUGUGCUGAUAAAUUUAAAUACCACGAUCAUUACGAGUCUCUGUUAACUAUAGCCCCGGAACUGGAAAACUGCGAAAUUGGAAAAAUGACAAGUAAGAAAGUACCAUCACUAAAGACCGUGAUCCGCAUCGGUGAGGAAAAUAAAUGCGGUAUUUACAACUUUUGCGAAAUUUUGGACCUAGCGAGUACUAGUGAAGUGGCUAAUAUACAGAAAUUGCAACACAGUAUCAGUCCAGAUGAUGGCUGCAGCCUCCAUUUCACCUCAGGAAGUACCGGAAAACCAAAAGCGGCUGUAGCCACCCACUUCAAAAUGGUAAAUAGUGGAUUCAUGGUUGGAAAAAGACUAGAUUUUUCGCACAACUACCACAAGAUUUGCCUUCAGGUACCAUUUUUUCAUGUUUUUGGUACUGUCCUUGGUAUUAUGGCAUCGUUGAAUCACGCUAGUACUAUAGUUUUACCUACAGACGGUUAUCAACCAGGUAAAAAUUUCGAUGCAAUCAAAAACGAGAAGUGCACGGUCAUCUAUGGAACUCCUACGAUGUAUUUAGAUCUCAUUCAAAUUCAAGAAAAGCGUAAAGAACCUAUUUCUGCCAACAUAGCGUUCUUAGGUGGUGCCCCAAGCUCACCACAUCUACUAGAACAGAUUUUAAAAACCUUAAAUGUUUCGAAGCUUCAUUCGGUCUAUGGACUAACAGAAUGUACUGGAUCAGUGUUCCAGUCAGUUUCAAUAAAAUCUAAAGAAAAGUUUCCAAUUCUUGUGAAUUUUCUCCAAGAACAUAUGGAAGCUAAAGUAAUAAAUGGAAAUGGUGGUAUGGUACCUUUUGGUACUCCGGGUGAGUUGUGCGUACGAGGUUAUGCUAACAUGGUAGGCUACUGGGACGACGAAGAAAGAACAAACGAAAUUUUAGGAAAAGAUGGUUGGCUCAAAACUGGGGACCAGUUCAUUCUUGAAGAAGAUGGAAGUGGAAAAGUGGUCGGGAGAUUAAAAGACAUGAUUUUACGAGGAGGAGAAAAUAUUUUUCCAAAAGAAAUCGAAGAAGUUCUGAUCACAUAUCCUGAUAUUUUGGAAGUACAGGUCAUAGGUACACCACAUAAAAGACUAGGAGAAGAAGUCUGUGCGUGUGUGAGAAUUCAACCACAAUCAAAUUUAACACUUGAAGACCUGAUAACUUUUUGUAAGGGAAAAUUGGCGUAUUUCAAAAUUCCUACGAGAAUGGAAAUUUUCGAUAAUUUUCCUCGAACAACUUCGGGGAAAAUUCAGAAAUUUAAGCUUAUAGAAAUGGUGUGUGAAAGAAACUUUUGAAGAUAAA